AUGUGGGUAGGUGGAUGCGCGUUACUUCACAUUGGUGAACACAUGCAAGCACAAGCACUACACUUUCGUUCCUACACCCCUCUCCUCCUCCUCCUCCUCCGUCUCCGUCUCGGUAACCAACACGCACACACACGCCGUUGCAGAAAACUUCUGUGUGUGUGUGUGUAUGUGUGUGUGUGUGUGUGUCUGUCUGUGCGCCUCCCUCUCUCCCUCUCCCUCUCCCUCUCCUCCUCCCCCAGUGCCGUUCUUUUCGGUGUGUCUGCUGUUGUUCGUCAGAGCCCCUUCCCCCUCAUCUACGCCCCUCUCUUCGUCACGAUGCCGGUUGUGGAUGUCUCGGUGCUGUGCGCGACGGAAAUCACGGGCGUGUCGCUGCGGUAUUCAUUCUGCGUGUACGUGCGGCUUCAAGGUCAGGCGAUCCGCACGAAGUCCUCCAGCGCUGACCACGUGGGUGAGGUGCGCUUUGGGGAGCGGUUCCGCUUCCAGUACGACUACGACACGAGACGCCCAAGCCGCAACCGCUUGUUCGUGGAGCUGUGGACCAAGAGGCUCUUCUCGCAAAGUUGCGUGUCGGUGGCGUGGAUUGAGAUGGGCGAGCAGCGCUUCGUGCGUGGCGAGCAAACACGUAUGAACGUGCGCGGUGCCUUCGAGGGCAAGAGGGCCACGCUCAGUAUUGCGAUCACACCGCUGGACUUCGGCGAGAGCCGCUGCGUAGUGCAGCAGCAGAUGCCGGUGCUGUACGGAGUGCCGGUGGAGGGCAUCCCACUUGCAUCGCCCAACCCGUACACGAGCGCUGCCUACGUGCCGAACGCAUGCGCCACUGCGCAGGAUUCAACGGCGUGCGAAAACCGUGAGGUGCCCACGCAGCCGCCGCAGCCGCAGGCUUGUGUUGGCGCGUCGCUGCCGCCACCGCUCUACCCGAGCCUCUCGCAGGGCAUGCAGCAUCAGCCCUCUGGCGGCGGCCAGUGCUGCGGUACAGUGUCGACGCCGAGCCAGAUCGCCGAGCGCGACCACAGCGUGGACUGCGGGAAGCCGAAGCAGCUGUAG